AUGACUAAGGUGGAUGUAGUAAAGAGAUUUCUGGUUCCAAAGAAUGUUCACGAAGUGAGACAGCUUCUGGGAUUGACAGGUGCAUUCCGAAGAUACAUUAUAAGAUAUGCCUUGAAGGCGGAGCCACUGACAAGACUGCUAAAAUUGUAUACAAAAUUUCAAUGGAUCUACGAACAAAAAGCAUUUGAGGAUCUGCGAAAUGCCUUGUGUAAAGAACCUAUUCUCGCGUUGGAUAACCUAAAGGCAGAAACAGAACUUCAUGCGGACGCCAGCGCUGAAGGCUUAAGUGCAAUGCUGUUACAGAAAGAUGAAAACGAUGAUAUGCACAUAAUUUACGCAGUGAAUAAGAAGAGUACAGAAGUAGAGCACAAUUACCAUUAA